AGGAGGGCGGAAGGCCGGAGGUGGUACCCUGGCCGCGGGAGGGCGGAGCCGCGCGCUCGCUGCCCCGCCGGGACGCGCGGAAGUGCGGUGGAGUUUGCUCAAUUCCCUAGCCUGCUUUCCCUCUCUCAUACCUCCCUCUCUCUUUCUCUCCACCCCUCACCUCCCCUACAUUUUUCCCCUCCUUCCUCGAGACGCCACCUCCUGGACUCCUUUCUUUCUUUCUUUUUUUUUUUUUUUUUUUUUUUGGUUGGGGCUGGGGGGGGGCGGUGUUUGUUUGUUUUGGAUCUGGCUGCCCACUGGCAGCGCUGAGGGGCUGCAAGUGCGGGGUAAGGUGGCUGGGGCUCACCUCGUCCCCCUCAGGCCGGAUCCACAGGGCAUCGCGGAGAACGAACCGACGGACGGACGGUAGGACAAACAGCCGGCGACGCCAUCUAUUCGACGGAGCGGAGCUCGGUCUACCAACUACUGUUGAGUGUUCCCUGGCACACCAGUGGCGGGGGUGGUGAUGGUGGAGAUUUCCACCAGCAUUACUUCUGGACAGGGGUUCUGGGACUCCGAUCCGGGUCAGCUUCGUACUCCGAAACUGCCGAGGAAUUAGGCAAACAAAAGAGGCGGGGGGCGGGGGGAGAGAAGAGGCCAAAAGUCCUCUUAGCAGCUUGUCGCGCCCCCUUGUUCUCCUGGGGUGGGGGCUGGCCACUUGCAGGGCGAGAAGAGGGCAGCAAAGCAGAAGAGACUGGGUCGCACCCCGUAGGUCCAGUAGUUAUCGGCCGGUUGUGCAAGCUUUGGCCCUUGUUUUCCUGGCCUGGCUCGUUUGGAGGCCGGACACAUCCACCCUUGGAAUUGGUUCAGGACUCUGCUGUUAUUCUCCUUGCCCCUCUUGGAUUUUCUGGAUUCUUGAAGACGCGGUGGCCUUCAAGAGGAGGAGAAAGGAAAGGAAGGAGCAGAUCUUCAGAGGAAUGUGAGAGCCUCCCAAAGCCGGAGCAGCCAGUAGGAGCUGGGAGCCAGGACAGGCAGAACCUUGCCUGCAUUCCUGGGACCGUGGUCUGCGGGUGAUUCUCUUCUGUUGUACAACACUGUUCUACUCCAAAGUGUCUGUCUGUCGUUUUCUUGUUCUAGCAGAGCUGAUUUCUCCAGGUCAUUUGACCUUUCUACUUGGUGUGAGAGGAGGGAGAAAACUCUCUCCUCCUCAGGGGCUGCUGAGGAGAAAGACUGUGGCCAUGAUCAACCCCUCCCGGCUUACAGGCAGAUACCCCAAUGCUCGAUAAGGCAGUUUCUAGACCAUGGACAUUUCUUUGAAAAGAAGGCAGCUAGACAGCAUCUGUGCAUGCUGAGUCGGGUAUACUGGAUUUUUGAGCUGCAAGUAUAUUUUUGGAUAUCCUGAUGAGCAUCCUGGGUCUGGGCAAGACAUUUUCUUCCCAGUCGUGACCUGCCAGUAUCUUAGCCAUGGCACUGAAAGGCCGAGCCCUCUAUGAUUUCCACAGUGAGAACAAGGAGGAAAUCAGCAUCCAGCAGGAUGAAGACCUGGUUAUCUUCAGUGAGACCUCCCUGGACGGCUGGCUGCAGGGUCAGAACAGCCGCGGGGAGACAGGGCUCUUUCCUGCUUCCUAUGUUGAGAUUGUCCGGCCUGGCAUUAGCACCAACCAUGUGGACUACUGCACCAGCGCCGCAGGCUCCCUGGGCACCCAGGUGAGUUUGUAUAACAGCCCAAGUAUGGCCGGUCCAGCCAGGAGUGGUGGGGUCGGUGGCUUCCUCUCAAACCAAGGAAGCUUUGAGGACGAUGAUGACGACGAUGACUGGGAUGACUGGGAUGAUGGGUGCACAGUGGUAGAAGAACCACGGUCUGGUGGCCUAGGUACCAACGGGCACCCUCCACUAAACCUCUCCUACCCGGGUGCCUACCCCAGCCAGCAUAUAGCUUUCCGACCCAAGGCACCCCUGGAAAGGCAGGACAGUCUGGCAUCCGCCAAGCGGGGCAGUGCGGUGGGACGGAACCUCAAUCGUUUCUCAUGCUUCGUGCGCUCUGGAGUGGAGGCCUUCAUCCUUGGUGAUGUGCCCAUGAUGGCCAAGAUUGCCGAGACAUACUCCAUUGAGAUGGGGCCUCGAGGCCCCCAGUGGAAGGCCAACCCCCACCCAUUUGCCUGCUCCAUAGAGGACCCCACCAAACAGACUAAAUUCAAAGGCAUCAAAAGCUACAUCUCCUACAAGCUCACGCCCACCCAUGCUGACUCCCCCGUUUACCGGCGCUACAAACACUUUGACUGGCUCUAUAACCGCCUCUUGCACAAGUUCACAGUCAUCUCAGUGCCCCACCUGCCUGAGAAGCAGGCCACAGGCCGCUUCGAGGAGGAUUUCAUUGAGAAGCGCAAGCGAAGGCUCAUCCUCUGGAUGGACCACAUGACCAGCCACCCUGUGCUGUCCCAGUAUGAGGGCUUCCAGCACUUCCUCAGCUGCCUGGAUGACAAGCAGUGGAAGAUGGGGAAACGCCGGGCGGAGAAGGAUGAGAUGGUGGGUGCCAGUUUCCUGCUCACCUUCCAGAUCCCCACAGAGCACCAGGAUCUGCAGGAUGUAGAGGGCCGGGUGGAUGCAUUCAAGGCCUUCAGUAAGAAGAUGGAUGACAGUGUCCUGCAGCUGAGCACCGUGGCGUCAGAGCUGGUUCGGAAGCAUGUGGGAGGCUUCCGCAAAGAAUUCCAGAAGCUAGGAAGUGCCUUCCAGGCCAUUAGCCAUGCCUUCCAGAUGGAUCCUCCCUUUAGCUCUGAGGCCCUCAACAAUGCCAUUUCUCACACCGGCCGGACCUAUGAAACUGUUGGUGAGAUGUUUGCUGAACAGCCCAAGAAUGACCUCUUCCAAAUGCUUGACACACUGUCUCUCUACCAGGGCCUGCUCUCCAACUUCCCUGACAUUAUCCACCUGCAGAAAGGUGCCUUUGCCAAGGUGAAGGAAAGCCAGCGCAUGAGUGAUGAGGGCCGCAUGGCUCAGGAAGAGGCAGACGGCAUUCGCAGGCGCUGCCGCGUGGUAGGCUUCGCCCUGCAGGCCGAGAUGAACCAUUUCCACCAGCGCCGAGAGCUUGACUUCAAGCAUAUGAUGCAAAGCUAUCUGCGCCAGCAGAUCCGUUUCUACCAGCGGGUAGGCCAGCAGCUGGAGAAGACCCUCCACAUGUAUGACCACCUCUGACAGACUCUGACCACACACGCAGGCCUCUUCCUACCCGGACCCUGUCACUGCAGUCCACCCCGCUCCAAGCCUCCCUGACACCAGCAGUGGCUCAGGAGCCCUGGCGUGGGUGAGGUGAGUGGUACUCCUGGAGUAGUCCUCCCUCACUUUAGAGAUGGGUGAAUGGAGAGAGGAGCCCUCUGAGCCAAAGCCUGGGCUGCUGGUCAGUCCCUAAAGAUGGAGCUUCUCUGGAGCCUAUAGUGCACGCUCAACUGGCCACUCCACCCUGUUCAUUCCGUGGACUCCAUAGACUGCUGUGGCCUUGACUGAGACAUUGCUGACCAAAGCUGGAAUGGGCCUGUCCCGGAAGAGCCACGUCUCAAAGUUGAUAUCAGACAAUGGAGUAUGGCAGAUAAUGCUUAAAGAGUCAUGGAAACUCCUCAAAGGACCACAGAACUCUGCUGGUCAGGGGACACUUCAUGGAGUAGGUGACAAAUUACAAUAUCUUGACAAAUUACAAGGACCUACAGAAGACAUUAAAUGGAGUGAAGGACAUUUGGGGAGAGGAUGGAUGUAGCCCUUUCUUAACAUUCCCGAGCAAGUUUGGUGCCCUCUCGGUGGGUUCCGAUCUAUAUGACAGAGGGAAGGGAUCAUCAUUGCUCCAUGGUCCCUGGCUUUCCCUGCCCUACCCAUGCCUCUGCAGGAGGGACUGCAGGCCAUCUCCCUCCUGUAGGCCUUGGGCUCCCCUCUACCUUGGUUGGGGGACCCCUUUACUUUUCCUUGAUCGGGGGACCAUGCAGCAACUUUCCCUUCUCUAGGCUCAAGGUGCUCAAGCCACAGAGCAUGGAGCCCUGGUUGUGUCUUUCUGGAGGGAACUCUCAAAAGCUGCCAGCAGUAACUGCUCAGUCUCCUAGGGCCAGGUCCCGAGGUCCCAGGCACCUUUGUUUCUGUGGCUUGGUCUUCUCAAAACAUUCUCAUUGCACAGUGGGAAAUCUGACAGAAACAACCCGGGGGCUCUUGCCCCCCUGUGUGGCCAGACUCACUGGUCAGGUUGCCCUGCCAUCCACCUCUGUUUACAUCCUCCAGGAGUUACUGCCCCCUACCCCCCAGGCCAGGGUGUGGCCCAGCAUCAUGUUGGCAAGUGACCCUGCUCCCCUUGCCUUGCUGGGAAGCCGUGAUCUGCUCCUGGGUCCCACUGCUUGACUCUCCUUGAUAAACCUUUUACAGUUAACUAAUGUAACAGAAGCACAGCCUUUUCUUUUUGAAUCCUGAAAGCAGUGAGAGUUGGGGGGAGAAGAGAACCCAAACUGCCCCACUGGACUAGAUUCAGUGAUCUUAGUGGGUCUAAAACUUAAUUCAUAACACAGAAACACAGGAGCAGGCGCGUGUGUUUGGGGGUGGGGGUGCUCACGGAGGCCAGAGGUCAGGGUUGGGUGUCUUCACUUGCUUUCUGCCUUAUUUUUGAGCUUCUCCUCGAGGUAGGCUGGCCGACCAGUAGACUCAAGGGGCCCUCUCAUCACUGCCUCCCCGGUGCUGGGAUUACAGGCGAGCAGUAUAUAUGAAGUCUUGGUUGGCCUGGAAGUCACAGAGAUCUGCCUGCCUCUCCCUUCCAGUUCUGUGAUUAAAGACAUGUGGUCAAGUCUGA